CUCCUAACCUGCAUUUAUCUUCCGAUGUAAACAUCCGGAAGAGUCUAAUGAGAAUUUACUUAUUCGUAAUGAUUAUGAAUAGAUAAUAUUUUAUCUUCUAUUUGAGAGAUUAUGUGGUCAACCAUAUGUUAUUUUAGUUGAUCCUCACGAGGUGCUCCACCUCUUGAGGUUAUGUGUACUUUCUGCCAAUAUUAAUGUUCAUUAUAUUUUAAAAUAUUUGAAGCGAUAUGGAAUCUAAAACCAAAAGAAAAAAUGAGGUUAAACAAGUAUACGUCUCUUCUUUUGUGGCGGGAGGUUUUGCUGGAUUUGUUGUUGAUAUGAGUUUAUUUCCUUUGGAUACACUAAAAACUCGACUUCAGUCUCCUCAAGGUUUUAUUAAAGCUGGGGGCUUCCGUAAUGUUUACAAGGGGGUUGGUCCGCAAAUGAUUGGUAGUGUUCCUCAAGGGGCUCUUUUCUUCCUAACCUAUGAAAGUAUCAAAUAUUAUUGUGAUCCUUAUGUAUCCAAUAACACCAGACCUCUCUUACAUAUGUUUGCAGCAUCUGCAGGAGAGGUGGUAGCUUGUAUUCUCCGUGUACCAAUGGAAGUAGUCAAGCAGAGACGACAAACUGCUACUAAUAAAAAACAUACCUCACUACAUAUAGUUAUCAAAACCUAUAAACGUGAUGGAUUUAUGGGUUUCUAUCAAGGUUUCAGAUCAAUGGUUUAUAGGGAAAUACCUUUUUCUUUCAUACAGUUCCCACUGCUAGAAUAUUUCAAAAUGAGCUAUCGAAAAAUUAUAAAGAAUAACAUUCCACUUGAACCUCAUGAAGUAGCCUUAUGUGGCUCCUUGGCAGGUGGUAUAGCAGCAGCAGCUACAACGCCUCUAGAUGUUGUGAAAACAAGAAUAAUGUUGGAAACUAAAAAAUUGGAAGGAAAAAAAUCUCUAGACAUAAGUAAUGUGUUUAUGACUGUUCUCAGAGAAAAGGGAUUCAAAGGGAUAUUUGCUGGAUUUGGUCCGAGGGUAGCCUGGAUUAGUUUGGGAGGUUACAUUUUUUUUGGUACUUAUGACCUUGGUAGAAGAUUGAGCAAUACAUAUAUCCUCAAUGUUGAUCCAGAUCCGCCCCUUUGAUAACAAGUACAAUGAUAACAUUCAAAGAAAUAUCGUAGAUUUUCAAUAAAUUUCUCUAUAAAUCUUAAA